UGGUCUAUUACAAGAAUGUAUUCUAAAUUUUUCGCUUUAUUUUUUGCAAUUCCAUUCUCUAUAACUGCAUGCGACAUUACUGCAACUAUGACUUCACAGACUUACCAUCUGGUUUACGCUCAAUUCACCUUCCAUAAUGAAACCAGAAGCCCUGUCUACCAAUUCAAUCAGGACGGAGAAAUGAAAACGGUCCAUAUAACUGGAACAUUUUGCAACAUGAAACCUACCAGACUCGAUGCAUACAAAACAUAUCCGAAACUAGGAGAUAAACCAUGCGGUUCUAGCCAAGCGUUUAUCGAGGGCUUUGGUUAUGUGAAUUAUGUACUUCUAAGUGAUGGAGUGUUCAUGGGAAUGAAAGCUGGUAUUGCGUGUGCAGCUGGUGAUUGUGGAUCGUCUAGAGGAUGAAUGAAAAUAUUAUCGAAGAUCAUCACUACAAAAAACUACUAAAUAUGCCAUUGUUGAUAAACUAUUUCUCCCCUUUACAAUCUUCUCCUAUGGUUGUGGCAUUGGUGAGACCAAAUGUGUAUAAAUGAAUAAACACCAAUGAAAAACUGC